AUGAACAUGACAUCUAUUUUCGGGCCCCCACCGGCGGGGAUGGAUCUCGCAGAAAGCAGAACUUCCGAAGACACUGCUGUUGCCGUGACUAUGUGUGUGCUUGCAGUAUGCACUAUUGCCCUUCGUCUCGUUGUGAGGGGAUAUAUCCAGGAAGCGAGGCUGGAGGCUGAUGACUGGCUGAUUGGAGCAUCUGGGAUCCCAUUGAUUGCAUUGCUUGCAUUAUCUAUUCUUGGUGGCACCUACGGCUUCGGUUUGCAUGUCUGGUGGAUAACAGUGGAGAAUAUGGUCAUAAUGAAAAAGAUCCUUUUUGCCUACCUCAUUGUUUAUCUAUUCGAGCUCCUUCUCAUCAAAGUCUCAAUCCUCAUGUUCUACCGCCGAAUUUUCGGCAUGAACUGGAUGAUCUGGGCCACCCUUCUCAUCUCCUAUGGCUGGUGCAUAGCAAGCAUGAUCGCAGCCAUAUGCUCCUGUGAGCCGAUUUCAUAUUUCUGGAACGAAAUCAUCGACCCUACGGCUGGUUCAUACCGGUAUAACUUUUACUACUACUAUGUUGGGAACGCGGCUGCCAACGUCGUGACGGACGUUCUUAUUCUGCUUGUCCCAAUACCUGUUAUUUGGAAUCUCCAAAUGCGGACAACACAGAAGAUUGGCGUGUGCGGUGUGCUUCUUCUAGGUGGAUUUGUCUGCGUCGCAAGCGGUAUUCGCAUCCAUUACAUCACCUACCUCCGCAACAACAUAGAUAUCACAUGGGCCUUAGGCAAUGUAGCCGUGUGGUCAAUCAUCGAGCCGUGCAUCGGAAUCAUUUGCGCCUGUCUCCCUGUCCUACAGCCAUUCAUCCGCUCACUGGCCAAGAAAGUGCCAAGCUUACCCACUCAGCAUAUUGGGACGUCUCGAAUGCCCAGUGUUAUACACAGAAUAUCUCUCCACAAACUUCAGAGAAGCAAGUCCGAUAUAAAAUCGAGAACAUGUCCUACGCACUUCGGCGACUCAGAAGAAGAUCUGGAUCCUCUUACCUCGAUGAGGACUCGAGUGGAGAUAGAAACAGAUCCAAAAGAGAUGUUUGGUGGGGAGCGGAAUCUUGAUCCUACGGCCAUUCGUGUUAAACGAGUGGUGCACUGGAGUGUUGAUUAG